GUGGAAUGAAACUGGCCUAAUUUUUUAGUUUGUUACAACGCAUUUGCUGAUCCAAUACUCUGCACUGCUGCAUUUCAUAUUCCUUCAGGCCGGAUGUGUCUUUUCCCUCACUCCUAUUUCUAGAAUCCUUCAAAGUCACUACUCUUGAAUCAUCAUCUCAAUUUUUUAGUCCAUAAAUCAAGUACAUUUAUCAUUCUUUGCCUUUAAUUUAAGUAACUUCCCAUUUAGUCAUCGGUCAAGCCGUGCAAAUACUGGAAACGCGUUCAGGAAAACAUCAACCCAUAAUUCCUUAAUUCUCAAUACCUCAAGGUGCAGGAGACAGAGUUGUCGCUAUCAACGUGGAAUCAACCAUUUGAAGACAUUUCAUAUUGGAAAUUGAUCUAAGUACCCACCACCCAUUUGCUAGUAAGCCAUAAUGUAUAGUUUCAAGAAGACCAUCUCAUACUAAGUUAAAUUCCCAGUACCAUCACAAAUCAGCAUGGCUCAGCAGAGUCCUGAUCAGCAGAUCAAGCCCUUGGCUCCAUUCAUAUCAUCAUCCCACUUCAACUCACAAGAAGAUCAAGACUACGCAUCCACACACAGAAAAAACAUUCGAAUAAGAAAGUUUAUCCAGUGCUGCGGUUGUGCCACUGCAAUUGCUGUGCUACUUGUGGUCAUAGUACUGGUCUUGGGCUUCACCGUUUACAAUGUCAAAGACCCCCAGGUGAGGAUGAACGGGGCUACCCUUAUCAGUGGAACUUUCGCCAACGGUGCUACUGACAACGUUACGAUUCUUGCUGAUAUAUCUGUGAAGAAUCCAAACGCUUUUACCUUCAGAUUUGAAAACGCCUGGACCGAUGUUUACUAUAACGGAGAGGAAAUAGGUGAUGGUGAAUCUCCACCGGGGAAAGCCAAGCCCAGAAGAACCAUAAGGGUCAACACCACCAUGGAGAUUAUGGCAAAGAAGCUUCUGGCGAUUCCAAAUUUGGAUACUGACCUAAAGGAUCAGGCUUUGAAUAUCAGCAGCUAUACCAGGAUUGAUGGUAAGGUCAAAAUACUAAACAUUUUUCCGAGGAAAGUUGUGGUUGAGAUGAAUUGCACAAUCACAUACAACAUCACCACUGGGUCGAUUAAAAAUGGUGACAAUUGUCUUGGAAACGUUGAUAUUUAGGUUGGUUUUGAUGUUAAUUCUUUGUGAAAUUUGUUAGGAUGAUGAUAGAAGUGGAAAAUAGCUAGUGUUUGUAGGUUGCUCAAUUUUCUGCAGUUUAAUUGUAUCUGAUUAUGGAUAUAUGAUUUGAGUUAAUCCUAUGGUAAAUGUUAUCUGUUACUCCUUC